AUGGCCUGUGGAUCCGGCUGCUGCGGUCCUCCACAGGAACAGGCUUUCGCGAGGGACAACCUGCCUCUAGUCGCCUCGCCCCCAGAUGGAUUGGACCGCGACUAUCCUGAUGUUGUCGACGCCUGCUGCGCGGUUAAGGAGAGCGAUUUGAAUGCCGUCAUUGAAGCUAAGGUGGAAGAAUGCAAGACGACCGAUCAUGGAAGAGACAAGGACUCUGGAAACACAAUCCUCCAGAACUGCUGCGCUGCGUCCAACGACGGCAGCAUUGACUCAGCACAAGUCGAAGAAGAUUGUUGCGCUCCAAAGGUCAAGGUUGGCGACUUUGCGAACGCUUGCUACGGGUCUCAUAAUGAACAAGUUGCUGUAAUCAGCGCUAAAAGCAAUACCAUCGCCGAGUCUCCUGACGAGUCCGCAAAGAAGGUUCCUGGCGUUGGAUGCCAAUCUGAACAAGACGACCUCGCCUUCAAGUCAAUCGCGGCCUCGAUCAACACUCCCGAUUCCAAGCAGGACUCUUGUGCCCCGAAAUCCAAGAAGUGCUCUUCAGGAUGUUGUGGCUCGGCGAGGGGCAAAAGACCUACUGACAGCCCUGAGACCACAUCAAUCAAAGCAGUGGCGGGCGAAGUUAUUGCCGUGACCGAAUCUGAUGGUGAUGAACCUGUAAAGAUCUGCUCAGACGAUAGCAAAAAGGGUUGUUGCUCCUCUGGUUCUGCACCUGACGUUCGUGGAGAGAAGACACCCAGCUGUUGUGAGGGCAAGACGUCACCUUGCUGCGACUCUACUUGCAUCGAUCGCCUCGCUCUGCGCGAGUGCGCAAACGGAAAGGCUUCAAAGCUUCCGCAGACCUACCAAGACAAUAACUGCACUGGCGGCCAGGACGGCAAGGCGUGCCGAGGUCAUUCUCGAAGCGUACGUCAGAUUUAUCAGUCAAAGCUCGAUGCCUUGGGCUGUAUCUGCCGUGCACUUCUUGCUCUCGGCCAGGAAUCUUGCUGUGCUCCUCGUGAGUGCUCCUCCAUCGAAAGGAAGCGAUCUUCAAAGAAGUCCGCGUCUUUUCAUCGCACAUCGGUUGAUUCCUGCAGCGCUUCCGGGGUGGACAAAUCUGCUUCCCGUCCGGGACCAAGGAAAUGCGGCGAAAAGCCAACUCGCAGUUCAAGGUCUGGCAUCAAACCAGGUACAUGUAACGAUGGUUGCUGCUCGAAGCCCAAAACGCGGAGCAUUAUUGGAUCAUGUGCCGACUCCUGUUGCGACGAGUCGCCGUCGAGACCUAUUAACCAAUCGUUACCGCCUGAGCCGAAGAGUGUGAACGAGGAUCUUGAACAAGGCCUUGUUGGAAAAGAACACGUCGUGCUGAGCAUUUCUGGCAUGACCUGCACUGGGUGCGAAACAAAACUCAGACGAACUCUGGCCACAAUGAACGCAGUCAAAAACCUGAAGACUAGCUUGGUGUUGGCUCGAGCCGAAUUCGACUUGAACAUUGGCGCCGGCUCGGUGGAUGAAGUCAUCAAACAUCUCGAACGUACAACUGAGUUCAAAUGCGAAAAGAUCACCACGCAGGGUGCUGCCAGUGUUGACAUCGUCUGCCCUGGCGAUCCCCAAGAUUUCAUCAAUCAUCCAUGGCCCAAUGGUGUCACGGACAUUCGGGUCAUAGACAAGGCCAUUGUUCAUGUUGAAUUUGACGCGAAGGUCGUCGGAGCCCGUGAUCUGGUCGAAACAGGCUGGGGAACGCCUGUUACGCUGGCGCCACUUCGAGCGGAUCCUUCGUUGGAGGCUGGAAGCAAGCACAUUCGCAACAUGGGAUGCAUAACUUUGCUUUCAACUAUCCUGACGAUUCCCGUUCUCAUAAUGGCCUGGGCACCUCUUCCAAAAAGAGAAAUAGCAUAUGGCUCGGCAUCGCUAGCCUUGGCGACGAUUGUACAAGUCGUAAUUGCUGGGCCAUUCUAUCCAAAAGCUUUGAAGAGCUUGAUCUUUUCACGAGUUAUUGAGAUGGAUCUAUUGAUUGUGCUAAGCACAAGUGCCGCUUACAUCUUCUCCGUUGUGUCAUUUGGGUUUCUUGUCUCUCAGAAGCCUCUUUCGACUGGGGAGUUUUUCGAAACGAGUACCCUUCUUGUAACGCUCAUUAUGGUUGGUAGGUAUGUGAGCGCUCUAGCGCGACAAAAAGCCGUCGAGUCUAUCUCGAUACGAUCUCUUCAGAUCUCGACGGCUCUGAUUGUUAAUUCAGUUGGUGAGGAUGAGGAGAUUGACGCCCGUCUCCUCCAGUACGGAGACAUCUUCAAGGUCGUCCCUGAUUCCAGAAUCCCUACCGAUGGGACAGUUAUCUCAGGUCUCUCGCAAGUUAAUGAGUCAAUGAUGACUGGGGAGUCAGGACGCAUCGAAAAGUCCACCGGAUCCUCAGUCAUUGCUGGCACUGUAAACGGCUCUGGCUCUCUUACCGUUCGUCUGAAUAGGCUUCCUGGCAAUAACACCAUCAGCAAUAUCGCCGGAAUGGUCGACGAGGCUAAGCUUUCUAAGCCAAAGAUCCAGGACAUUGCCGAUAGAGUCGCUUCAUACUUCGUACCGGUAGUUAUGGCCAUCACCAUCAUCACUUUCUCGAUUUGGAUUGCUGUUGGCAUUGCGGUCCGCAAGCAGGGUGGCUCUGAAGCAACUAUCCAGGCGGUAACAUACGCCAUCACCGUCCUCAUUGUAUCUUGCCCAUGCGCUAUAGGCCUCGCAGUACCCAUGGUCAUUUUGAUCGCGAGCGGUGCAGCUGCCGAAAAGGGUAUCGUCUUCAAAUCUGCGGACAGCAUUGAGCUUGCCUAUAAGACUUCGCACGUUGUCUUUGACAAAACCGGAACCCUUACAACUGGAAAUCUCAGAGUUGCGCACGAGACAUACUUUACAAAAGAUCAAGAGGCCAUCAGAUCGGUGCUUCUCGGCCUCGUUGGCACCACCAAACACCCAGUCUCUGUUGCCAUUUUCACUCAUCUAAAAGCACACGUUGCUACACCUAGAGCUGUUACGGAUCUGAAGGCCCUAACGGGCAAGGGUGUUGAGGCGAAACUCGACGGAGCCACUCUUCGAGCUGGCAACUCGCGUUGGCUUGGUCUCUCUAACGACCCCAGGGUUCAAUCAGUCCUAUCCAAGAGCUACACAGCCUUCUGCUUUACUGUGGACAACUCCUUGGUUGCUGUCUUUGGCCUCGAAGACUCUAUCCGCACAGAUGCUCUUGAAACAAUUUCCAAUCUCCAGGCUUCCGGCAUUUCUGUUCACAUCCUCUCAGGGGAUGAUGAUGGUGCCGUUCGAACAGUGGCUUCACGAUUGGGCAUCUCAGAUCUAAACGUUCGUUCCCGAUGCACCCCUGGCGACAAGCAAGAGUACAUCCAGAACCUACUGUCGCAACCUUUGUCCGACGCCCGCCGAUUCAGAGCGAAGAAGCCGAAAGAGCCAGUCAUCAUCUUCUGUGGCGAUGGAACUAACGAUGCAGUUGCACUGGCACAGGCCACCAUUGGCGUGCACAUGAACGAGGGGACCGACGUCGCAAAGUCCGCCGCGGACGUCGUUCUCAUGCGUCCGAGCCUUGCGGGGAUUCUCACCAUCAUUGCCAUUAGCAAGAAAGCUAUCCACAGGAUUGCCUUCAACUUUGGCUGGAGCUUCGUAUACAACGUGUUUGCUAUUCUCCUCGGCGCUGGCGCGUUUGUCAACGCCAGGAUUCCGCCCGAAUUUGCGGGCUUGGGUGAACUAGUCAGCGUCCUUCCAGUCAUCGCCGCCGCGGUCCUUUUGCGAUGGACCGCAAUCUAG